AAGUCGAAGUACAGAGGUUGGGCGGGAGGACUUCAUAAGUCGCGCUGUAGGCAAACUGCAAAGUUACCUGUAUCCUGGACAUAUAGGCUUCUGGCCUUACAAACUAGCGCCCACCAGCAUCUCAAGCGCCAGCUUUCCAGACAGCAAACAAGGAGCUUGAAGCCUGCAAACCUUCCCCUGCCUUCUGAUCAAGCAUCAAGGGGUAGUAGAUUGGUAUUUAUGCUGCAGCUGAAACAAGACGCCAACUAGUAAAUUAUAAAGGGAUCAGCAAGCACGAAAUGAACACUUGAAACACAGCAUAUCACAGCGGACUGAAAGAAAAAUGGCACGGUUACGAUCCAGAGGUGGCAGAGGUCGUUGCAGGAGGGGACGGACGACGCGUGUUGCCCCAGCUAUGUCGGAGAGGUUGAGCCAAGCUGACAUGGAGGAUGUACCAGCAGAGUUGAUUGUGAAGGUUCCUUUGGAACUUUUGCAAGAGAACUUUAGACUGACAUCACAUCACCCCAGUCCUAAGGCUGUAGAACCACAAACGAUGCCUGUACACUGUGGAAGAGGGGCAUGGAGGGGGAGGGGCAGAGGUGUAGGGAGGGGGAGGGGCAGGGGUGUAGGGAGAGGCAGAGGCAGAGGUGUAGGAAGGGGGCGAGGGAGAGGCAAGUGGAAUAGAACAAGCAGAAAAUCACCAUGUACUGUCACCACUGAAACCUUGUAUAAUGGACCUGUAACACAGCAACACUCUAUCAAGGGAGAUGAUGAUCAUACGAACAAUGCCAGCCAUGGGCAGACUAAAGGCAGAAGAACAAACAGAAGAAGCUGUUCUAGGGAUCCACCUCUGUCACAAGCCCAGCCAGAACAGACCUUCCCCAUUGUACCUACAAAUGGAUUUCGCCACUAUAGAGGAAGAGGUAGGGGAGGACAGAGGCAUGGAAGGGGAAGAAAACUGCAAACUGACAGAACAGUUAACCAAAACUUGGAAGUGGAAAAACACAAUGAUUCCAGAACGUCCAAAAUGGCAACAUUUCAAACAGGAGGAGAUGUACACAGUGAUACAGAUUUGAAGGAGGACACUUUGCACAUUACAAAAGAGGCCUCAGAUAUACCUGACUUGGAACUAAGAAGGAAGUAUGCUGGAAAAAGGCAUUUGAGUCAAGACAAAAGCGUAUCAUCAAAGAGAAGGAAACAGUUGAACGGGUCUUCCUUUGCUGCACCUGUGUUUGAGGAAGACAGCUUAGUAACCACCCCUGAAGACAGUUCUACAAAUGGCCACAACAUAUUGGCAAAGGACCAAGAGCCAGAACAGGACCUAGGUAGUGAGAACAAUGAGGACAGUGAUUCAGAUGAUGACCUCCCAGAUAUUAACACUUCCCUGCAGCAGGACCCAUCCAAGCCAGCUUUUAAGGCAGGAGAGGUUGUGUGGGUAAAGCGUGGGAGAGAUCCUUCCUGGCCAGCCAUUGUUAACCAUGUGUACCACAAAAAGAAGCGCAUGUCGGUCCUUUUCAUCGGGUACAAUCAGAAGAAAGGGAUCUCAGUAAACAUCAAUGCUGCCAAGGUAUUCAAUAGCCGGAUGAAGGAUCAUUUCAUGGAAGAGGCUUCGAGAACUGAAAGCAAGAGGGAAUUCUUUCAGAGUAUUGUAACCCAGGUGGAAGAUUUUCUGAACAAGAAAGCAUGUGGCAAGUUGGAUGGACUUGAUGCCUUUCAGUACUUCUUUCCAAAUGAAACAUUCCCACCUGACAGCCCUUGUGGAAGUGAUGAUGAUGAUGAAGGAAAUGUGAGAACACACCACGAUGACACAGAAGCAACACAGAGCAGUGCCCUGUCUGAGGGUGCUGAGACUUCACCCCCCAGAAUCACAGGCCCCCCCAGGCAUAACAGAAGGAUGAACCUAAGACACAACCUGGAGAAGCGCAUUGUUGAGUACAUCAAAACCCAACAGGAUGCCAAGGAUCAUCUGGCUGGUAUCUACCAGGGGUCAGUUUUGUCUCAAAGGCACCAGGAUUUUGUUCACAAAGACCGAGCUGUUCGUGCCAUGUUGCAGGGUCAAGGGACGGGCUUCAUUACGAGUGAUGAGCUGGCUGAAGACCUCUUUUCAUGUCUGUCAGACCUCUACCUGAGGUGUGAGGAAGACAAAAACUUUGCAGACACAAAAUAUGUGGCAUGUGUGCUGAUGCCUGAGGCAAUUCUGUAUGGCCUCCACAAGGUCAAAGGCAUCAGUAUGAAGGCAGCUCAGGAACUAAUGGAUAAGGGACCAGAGCUGUUCCCUGCAGAGAGGACGUGGUACAGGGAAGCUUUGAGGGCAGAGCCUCUGACAGAGGAGGAGAGGAGAAGUAUCAUCCACCAAGCAGCUCAAAAUGUGCUUGGGAGGGAAGGGUCUAAACAGCUGCUGCAACUGACUUAGCCUACUCUGUAUGCCCUUCCAUGGGAUGCACCUCACAGCUGAAAUUGUGAUACACAUAUAAUACACAGCAUAUUAGAUGUAAACACUGUUUUAUAUACAUUGUAUUGUUGAGAUUGUUAGUAAACGCUUUAGCCAAAUGUAGAUAUCUGUGUGUAGAGUGUUUGUGGGUUUUGGGGAUGUACUCUAUUGAAAGAGUUGCUAUCCUUUCAAAUACCCUCAAAGUAUAUAAAACAUGUAUAUAUACCAUGUGUGUUUGAUUCAAUACAGUUGAGUGUAUAAAAAGAAAAAGUCCAGGCAACUAGACAGUGAGUGUGACUGUUCAUGGACAUGAUACAAACUAGAGGUCCAUGACCCCAUGACUCUGCCAAAUCAUGAUCAGUGACUUUUGAUUUGUCAAGAAACAACCUAUGUCAUAGGAAUGUCCUGGCAAUGCUACCACUUUCAGAUUUUUUAUGACAUCAUAUGAAAAUGAAAUUCGUCAUUCCAUGCACAUGUACCAGAACAACAUUCCUCAUUGCUUGAGGUAGCAGUAAGGUAACAGUAGAAACAGGUACUGAGAAAUCAGCAGAGAUUGCCUUACACUUUUACCAUGUCAGCAAGGUAGUUUUCUCAAUGUACAUGCAUAUUUUUCUUCAGAAACAUGAAUGCUAUAUCAUAACAUGUUACAUACUUGUUGAGGAGUGAGCUGUAAGCUUACUGAGUGCCUUGAAAACCAUUUGUUCCUCUGUCUCAUGCAGUACCUACGAUGUGCAGUUGUUAAGAAUUUCCCAAAUCUUUAGGCAAGAAACAUUCCAAUGGGCCUAGACAGUUGUAGGUUUUGUUUCUAUUGUGAGUUUGGCUAUUAUUAAUAUUAUGUACAUUCUUGACCUCAUGUUAACAGCAUGUAAAUGCAACAGUCUGAAGUGGAGGUUAUCAUGCCACAGUAACUGAAGAAUCAAGACUUUUCUAACAGUGUGUAAGAGAGCAAAAACACGUACAGCAAAUAUUUCACUUUGUAUACUUUAACCAUGUAAACUAACUCAGUAUAGCCAGGUUACCAAACGUAUUGUAGCUGUGGAUUCUCUUUCAUCCUCUUUGUAAGCAGCUAAAAUAGGUUUUGUGACCAGGCUAUGUAAACAAUGUACUGUACAACUUGCAUCUACUCCUCUAUUAAAUAUCACCAUAGCUGAUUCUACCGUGCCAUUACUUUCAAUGUUUUGUGUAUAUAGAGGGCGAGAUGUAAAUGCACUAGCAGUGGAUGAUUACUUGUGCGUGCCCAUAAGGUGCUUAAGUAUUAAAUCAUCAAUGUAUUUUUUUCUCUGCAUGCUUUCAGAACUUUAUUACAUAUGAAAUGUUUUAGUGUUAAAAAGUAGAGCAGAUUGUUCUUAUUGUUCUGAGUAAUACCAGGCUGUAUUGCAGUUUGUUGAUACACUGUUAUCUUCAUGUGCCUUAGAAACAUAUAAAGUUGACUUGAUCACGAUGUUAAUCCUUAUGUUUGAACAUGUAUAAGAAUUAUGGAGUAGUGUUACAGAAACUUCACUUCUGAAGCGUUGUAAAAGGCCAUACUCGGCAAAAUUAGAACACAGUGGAAAUAACUAAGCAAUAGAUGGAAAAAUGUCAGUCACAUGAAUGUUUUGUAAUGUCACAGUAGGAGGGAUCUAGAAGAUGCAUAUUUGUGAUGUACGGUUAGAAAAAAUCGUCUCCUAGUGGCCUGCCUGACUGGCAGCAAGGUUCAACACAGGCAAGAUUUGU